AUGAUGAGUCGCUCAUCUUUCAAAUUCUCGCCUCUGUCUGAAGCAACGGAAAUCCAAGAUCUCGACUAUGAGGUUGAUUAUUCCGAGCCGGAAUCGCCACGAAGAAGUAUAGAAUCAUUUGGAACUGACAGCGCUACUACUCUUUCGCUUUCCGAUGAGCCCCCGACUCCUGGUCCUUACGAGGCCCGGGCCUUUGAGCUUCCAUCACGAAACCUAAAUAAGCCGGUACAGGGACCGUCUGGUCCUCAUUUAUUCAGGGGUUCUAUGGAUAGCACGAUGCUCGAAAAGCCAGCCGUUGAGGAAUGGCAGCUGUCGAUGUCUCCGGUCUCCCUUGAAGAUAUCAAAGUCCCAAUGUGGGCACCUCAGGAGCGAAGAUCUUCUGAACCUGCUCAAAUUCCAGAGAUACCAAGGACUUCCAGUAGCAUAUCACACCAAAAACACCACAAUCCGUCGUUUGUCCAAAAUUGGACACCAACCCAAGUGGCCGAAUGGAUGUACGAGGUUGGCGUGGAGGACAGCUUGGUUGAGCGGUUCAUUCAAAACGAUAUCUCCGGAGCCGUCCUUCUCGACCUACACCUGGAUGACCUUAAGGAAUUAGAUAUUCAGUCCUUCGGCAAGCGCCACUACCUUAUGAACAUGAUCCAGACCCUACGGAAUGCUUCUGACCCUAACUCCAUGCCGGAACUUGCACGGGUUAACUCUUCAAUGUCAAACAGCCCUCCUCUACCAAAGGUCGACUCGCCUGGAUGCACAACAUCUACAUCGCCUGAUGAUGGUGCUAGACAUGGCCCGCCUUCCUCGAAGAGACGUGGACGCCGCAACCGCGUUAUUUCAGAGGAAGAUAUCAUAUCACCUGCUGAGUCCGUUUCCAUUGUUGCUAUAGAGCAGCUCCUACCUAAACCACACAAAUGCUCCAAGGGAGAAAACUGCUCAAAGUACCAGAAGAGACAACGCAAGCUCGCCAGGAUUGCGAAGCAGUUUCCCAACGAGUUCGCCCUCAUAGAUGGUGAGCUGGUAGCAACGACAAAUCAGGUUGUGCCUCCAACUCCCGCCAUGACCCAGAUCAGCCGAAAGUCCGAUGCUGCGCCCUCUCUUGUUGCCUCAUCCGAUGUCCUCGGACCCGGCCAGCUGCCAGACCUACAUACUGAACUUCAACUCAAUGCUGAAAACUUGAACGGUGUUCGACCACGAGACCCGCAGGAAAAUGUUCGGCAAUUCCUCACUUUCCAGCAUAUGCAUAGUCCCGACCUUAAUUCGGCUUCGACAAAUCGGCCCCUGGAGAUGUUUCCGCCUCUUCCUUCUCAGGAACAACCCGUCCAUGUCUCCAACCAGCUUCGAUCCCUACCAAAACUCACCAUCCCAAAUCAAACUCAAUCCGUCAGCGAUCCAGCAUCCGCUCUGCGCACUGUUACCCCUUCUAUGGGCGCUCGAGUUGUGAAUUCACCCACCGCAACCCAGGAAUACAACCCGUACACCUUCGACGACAACAGCACAUAUCGUCAUGGAACCCCAUUCUCAGAGAUGGAUGUUCCGAUCACUGCUGUACCCAUUGAGCCCUUGGCCAGAGAAGCGUCCCAGUCCGUUCCUCCAGGUAUGAGAUACGGAAAUAUCUCAACACGACAACACCAGGCUCCUGAACCCCCUGUUCGUUCGAGGUCCAUCAGGCCUGAACGCCAUCGUCGACACCCGUCUGUCAAUACCAUGACCCCUUUGCAUGAGAUCGAAAGCCUCUCGCCAAUCGAGAAUACAGCAGAAAUGGACGCCGCCAUCAAGCCACAGCCACCUGUUACCCAACGCUCUGGGUCCUCUGGGUCGUCCUCAUCUUCGUCCGUACCAAAGGACCCAGAUGUCACUCACAGCGGGUGGAUGAAGAAGCGAAGGACCACUCGCCUUCUUCGACAUGAAUGGCAGGAUGCGCACUUCACCCUCAAGGGAACCGUCCUUGCUAUGCACAAGGACGAGUUUGAUACCCACCGCCACAGCAGAGCCCUCGAAUCUAUUGAUGUGGACGACUAUGCCGUUGCUUGCUCCUCGCUCGCAUCCAACUCAAAACUCACCGCAGCCUUCAAGCGCUCUGUCCUUCGUAAGGCAGCAAACCUCAACAACAACACAUACAAAGGUAUGGACGAAACCGCCUUUGCUUUCUCCUUGAUCCCCGCCACCAAGCCAACCGAGCGCAAGUCAAUCUUUACUGCCAAUAGCAAAAACCACCAUUUCGCAGUCAAGACUCGGGAUGAGCGAAUCAAUUGGAUGCGUGAACUCAUGCUCGCCAAAGCUCUGAAAAAGGGGAAAGAGGCAGGAAACGAGAUUAAGAUAAACGGCAAUUUCAUCUGA